AUGGCGAAACCUAAGGUAUUAAUAAUUGGUUCAGGUGGUGUGGGUACUAUUAGUGCCUUGUCUUUAACGCACAAUGGUGCUUCGGACGUGACAUUGGUGGUCCGCUCAGAUUACGAUUUGAUUCAGGAAAAGGGGUUCUCGAUAAAUUCGUGUACAUAUGGUGAACUUAAAGGCUGGAGACCACAUCAUGUUGCACGUUCUGCAAAGGAGGCAAGGGAAGAAUUCGGGCCCUUUGAUUAUAUCUUACUCACAACAAAGAAUGUCCCUGAUGGCCCAAUUACAUGUGAGGAUAUUAUUGCGCCGGCUAUCUCUAACUCCGGUAAAGAAGUGAUUAUUCUUUUGCAGAAUGGUAUUUACAUUGAAAAGCCAAUGUUCAAAAGAUUUCCUGGUCAUUUGAUUCUUAGUGGUGUUUCGCAUAUCGCAAGCACAUCAUAUCAUGGACAUAUUGACAAUAAAGGUAUGGAUGCGGUGUUUUUAGGGGAUUUUCAAAAGCCCAGCAUACACCCCGACUCUGCCGAAAAGAUCCAAGAGUUUAUAUCGAUAUAUCAUAAUCAUGGGCUCAACAAGAUUCAAGUAGAUGAAGAUGUGCAAAAGACAAGGUGGGAGAAACUCAUGUACAAUAGUGUUUUCAACCCCAUCACUGCUAUUGUUGACUUGGAUGUCAAUAGCUUGCAGAUAAAUAAUGCCAAUGAUGAACUCAUCAGACCUGCAAUGAAGGAAGUGAUUGCAAUCGCCAAAAGUGUUGGUGUAGAGUGCGAUCCUUCAAUCAUUGAGAAGUUUGUGCAUAUUGGAGAUGGUCUUUUCUAUAGUCCGCUGAUGUGUGUCGAUAUGAGGAAGAAGCAGUUGAUGGAGCUAGAAGUCAUCUUGGGUAACCCCAUCAGAGUUGCCAAGGAAAAUAAUGUUGCCGUGCCAAUAUUGAAUGUGAUCUACUCGCUCAUGAAGAUGGUGCAGUUUAGACUCAAGGAAGAAAGAAAAAUGUUUACAAUAAACCACGAAGAUUUUAAGGGAAACUCGGACGAUUAUCCAAAAGUUUUUGCAGAAAAAUACCAACAUUAA